AGAUGAGAAGCUGAAUUUGAACAACCAUGAAGCUUCUUCUGCUUCUGCUGCCUCUGACAUGGUCUGGAACAAGCUCUGCAGCUGACGGAGGACCGGAGCUCUUCAGAGUGUCUGUUAAAGAGGGCAGCGAUGUGGUUCUACCCUGUUCUCUCAGCAACACCGACCUGGAGGCGCUGCUGUUCGACUGGAAGAAGGACCGUCACAAGGAGGUCUUCCUCUACGACGCCGGCCCUCAGUACAGCCACGGCCGCUCGGGUCAAGACCAGCAGUUCAGAGGUCGGGUGUCACAUUUCCCCACAGAGCUGAAGCAGGGCAACGCCUCCAUCCUCAUCACCAACACCAGGGUGGCCGACAGCGGAAACUACAGCUGUGGUUUUCCUCGUCUGCAGCCUGAAAGGCAAAUAUUCUACAUCCAGCUGUUGGUCGGCGUGUCUCCAAAGCCGUCUGUUUCUACUGUUGAUGAGACUAAAGACUGGGCUCUGCUGCAGUGUGAAAUUCAGGGAGCGUUUCCUCAACCUUCAGUCGUCUGGCAGGAUGCAGAUGGAAACGUUCUUCCUUCUAGAGAUCCAGAAGUCACAGAAAGAGACGGUCGUUUCUACAUCAUCCUUCAAACCACAGUAACAAAGACCGGCCGCUAUCGCUGUGUCGCCACACAGGAGGAAUUCAACCACCAGACACAUGCUGAGACGUACCUGCAUUUGAGUGGAGCAGCUUCAAAACCUUCAGUAACCAUCCUGAAGGAGACUAAAUCCUGGGCUCUGCUGCAAUGUGAAGUUCUUGGAGCGUCUCCUCGGCCCGCCGUGGUCUGGAAGGACGCGGCCGGAAACGAGGUUCCCUCUGAAGACGCUGAGGUGACGGAGCGAGGAGGAAGCUACGACACCGUCCUGCAGGCCACGGUGACCCGGAGCGACCGCUACCGCUGUGAAGCCUCGCAGGAGCAGCACCGCAGCCAGGCUCACAUCUACGUGCACAUCAGCGAGUUUCCCAUCGGAUUAACUGUUACUGCUGCAGUUCUGGGAGCUCUUGUUGUUGGUGGUGUUGUUCUACACAUUGUUCUUCUUCACAAAGGAUACAGGUUUAAGAAAGGUUCACACUCAGCGGUGAGCCACUCUCUGAAUUCACUGCAGCUCCCUGAUCAGCAGCUGAAAGAAGCUUUAACUGAGUGACACACACACACACACACACACACACA